AUGAUUGAACGCGUUUUAAGUGUAACUCUCGAAGUAGACGAUCCUGUUGCUUUUGCUCCUGUAACUCGGAUUUCAUUUGAUUCAAAAUUUUCGAAGUUUGAUUCCCAACAGAGGUUAGUUCUGAAUCCUGAGAUUCCGAAGCUCUUUGUCCCGAAGAGCCCGAGCCACUUUUUCCUUCAAGCGGUUCACUCGAAGGAGGACCUGAUAUUAAAUUCCGCCUUCAAGAACAUGACGACAUCCAAUCUUUCAGACAACGAAGUAUCCAAAGAAAUGCUCAACGAGGUGGACCUCGGAGUAAAUAUCGAAGUGGUCAACAAGUUAUUUGGAGCAACCAGUCGUAUGCCCAACCGUAUCGACGUCGUAGGUACCGAACUCCCAGAUCUGAGGGUACUGUAAAAGUCCCUGAAGAUAGAAGUCAAGGUAGAACCCCAGAUAGAAGUAGAGGCAUUGAAAC